CUUCAAUUGGCGAACAGCUACCGUCGUACCUUGUGAGAUGCCAGAGUCGGAAGAGCCGUCAGGUGAGAUGAAGGUCGACGCCGCGCGCGCAAAGGUGCUGCUGGAAAACCUUGGACAGGUUGUAGCGCGUGUGGACGCGGUACGCGGAAGCCGUCCGGUCAGAGUAAUUGCAGUGUCGAAGUUGAAGCCCGCGACCGAUAUACUUGCGCUUCACCAGUCGGAGCUGAAGCAGAACGAUUUCGGGGAGAAUUACUCGGAUGAGUUGACCAAGAAGGCAAGCCUUCUCCCACGAUCGAUACGAUGGCAUAUGAUUGGAGGUCUACAAACAAAUAAGUGCAAACCGCUUGCUUCGGAAGUGCCAAAUCUAUGGUGCGUGAGCAGCGUGGACACUGCGAAGAAGGCGAAUGAGCUGGAGAAAGGCAGAAAGUCGCUAGCCGAGAAGGAAUCAUUGACAGAUAAGUUGCGUGUGUUAGUGCAAGUUAAUACAUCAGGAGAGGAAAGCAAGAGCGGGGUAGAGCCCAAGGAUGCACCAGAGCUGUGCAGACAUGUGCGAGAGCAAUGUCCUAGUCUCCAGCUCGCAGGGCUGAUGACAAUUGGCGCUAUAGCGAGGAGCCAGGAGGCAUCGUCGGCUGAGGCCUUGAAUGAAGAUUUCGUGGCACUGAGGGAGACCAGGGACAAAGUGGCCAUCGAGCUUGGUAUUGAGAAGGAUGAACUGAAGUUGAGUAUGGGCAUGAGCCAGGACUUUGAGGCUGCCGUCUCAGCCGGAAGCGACGAAGUGAGAGUAGGCACGACCAUAUUCGGCGACAGACCGGCAAAGAAGGACGCGAAGAUUCUGUGAAAUAUGGUAAACGACUAUGUCUCCAGCUCGAAAGUGAGAAUUCGUCGAGUCGAGGAAGCACCAGCACAGCAGCGAAAGCCGUGUUCGAGAAGCAGGAAAGCAGUGAAGCUCAAGUUGCCAAAUUCCUAUGGGCAGGACUGCCUCCCAAUGCAGUCGACUACGACGAGCCUACGGGUGCAGACGACGAUAUCCUGUCAACGGCGGUGGAUUGGUUUGAGGAGUCCAGCGAUUCCCCGACACGUCACGAAGAGAUCUAUAAGUCUCGGCUCGAGCGAUGUCGAUGGUACUGUGCGGCUCCGGUUACUAAUAGAGACACCAUGCGGUAUUGAGGUGCUGUAUUCCGACUAGAGGAACCGUCUUGGUGCUGGAUCAUCAGUCUUUUCGUGCUCGAGCGUAACUUUGCGGUCUCCGAAGUCGGGAGAGGUGCCCUUGAGGAUGAAGAAAAGUCAGCCCGGUGUCAAGAUGAGGCCGAAUAGUCUACCUGAAGCUCAGAAAGAUGUCUGCUAUAGCCCACAUACUAGUGUGGACCUGCUAAGCUGACAUCCCGGCCAACUACGACGCAGUUCAUACUUUCGAACCUGUCAUGGUGUAUGGACUUACUAUACUUUGAUAUCUGUAAUCCGGGCUCAUGCAUAUUAUAGGUGUUCACUCGCCGCUCAUGACCACUCAUGCGCGUCCCUUCAAGGCAGACGGUCCUAUGCACGAUGAAUCUCUCCUUCUCCUCUGCGGUUUCAUAGAUUAAAACCUCUCCCCGAGAUUCGUUCUCCCUUCCCUGUCUCUGGGUGCAUGUCGAUCAAGCCUCCUUCGCCGUGGGGGUCCCCGUAGACUGGGCGGCGGUCGGGCGUGUCAGACCCGCUUCAAGCAAGCGAACUUCUAUUUGGUUCUUUGGGUGUCCGGGCUUGGGUUGUCACCUAGCAACGCCCGAUGGGCUGUGUGAAUGGACAAACCAACGCGUCCGCCACAAUGGAUGAGCAUCACUCACUAGCCAACACCACUCACUCUUCACGCGCUGCUGUAUUUUCUUCUGCAUGACACCUUGGCAAGCACAAAACGCCCACCGUCGUCUGCUCUUGCCAAUCACCCCCCACUGUCACCCUCAAAUCAACAGGCCUCGCACGAUCACCCUGAUUUCUGCACGAUCUUCUCCCGGCCUUGAACAGGGAACUACUUGCAACUCGCCACCUCACCUUCAGCAGCCCCACAAGAGAAAAAAGAUGUCCCAGUCCAACUCGCAAGCAAUGGCCGAAUCCAGCUCGCAACCGAAGGCUCGUAUACCUUUGGAUGCUCCCGGUGGUUUUAGUCGGUUAAUUCUUUCAGGGAUGACAGACAGCCUGGAGGGUGUUCGAAACUUCGAUGAUGCGCUCGCACGCAUCGAAGCCUUGAGUGACAUGGAAGAAGUGGUUAAGGCCGCCGGACAGCUAUUUAGAGUCUUCGUCGACCUUUGCAAUAACCUGGACCGUUAUAUCGAAAUCUGUCGCCGCGGGGAUCAUGAGGCGCUGCUCGAGGUGCGGUCAAUUAUUUACGUGCUAGAGUAACCGCCUUCUUGGCGCUGCUGGCGUUAUCUUGGAUGCCGUCGUUCGCGUUGCAUACCCAGACUCUGGCGAUUGGGAGCGAGGAGCUGUCUGAAGACAAGGUCUCAGCUGAUGAGGCCAACAAGGAACGAGGGCACUUCGUGGGCCCGAGGAUCCCAAGGAGGUCACAACGAGACACACGAUUUGAGAGAGUAGGGACUACGCUGACAGCCUGAUUGUACUCAAGUUGCGCCCUGCGAGGAGGCCACCUGGAGUUAAUUGCAUACAGUCAGUAGUCCAGAAAAUGUAAUGAGCUCGCGGAAUACAUUACAUUACUCUGGAAACACGCACACACACCUCAC